AUGGAGUUCCCUUCCUGCGUCGCCAUAUGCCUCCUCGCCCUGGCGUUUCUCCUCCCUAGCCACGCCGCGGCGACGUCGGCUACGGGCACGAUACAGCGGGAGACGAAGCAGCAGAUCCUGGCGGCCAUCCCACCGCACUGGGAGGAGAACCCGGUUCUGUUCCUGACGUCGCCGUCGGGCAAGUACGCUGCGUACUUCCUGCGCAGCCAGACCACGCCGGGCGCGGGCGGCCUCGGCGCCGACUUCUGCUACGUGGAGGUGCUAGACACCUCGGUGCCCGGCGCCGAGGGGCGGAGCGUGUGGGAGUCGGAGUGCCUGGCGGUGAGCACGGUGAACACGUGCGCGCUGGUGUUCUCGUGGAAGGGGCUGGAGGUGCAGGACGGGAGCAACUCCGUGUGGCACACCCACGACACGCAGUCCGACAGCAAGAACUACCUCGAGACGCUGGAGCUGGUGGACGAGGGCGACAUGCGCAUCCUCGACAAGGGCGGCGAGCUGGCGUGGAAGGCCAGCGACGAGCCGCGCGCCGCGCAGCACUGCGGGAUGCCAGGCUCCCCCGGCCUCGCGUCGGCGUUCCCGCCGUUCGCCGAGCCGAUCGGCCACGGAAGCAGCGACCUGCCGUUCGGGUUCGGGCACGACGGAGGCCACGUUGACGGCAGCGGCAUUGGCGCCGGCGGGGCCGUGGCGCAGCCGGACCUCCCGAUGGCACCGGUGCCGCAGGAGGCCGAUCUCGGUGGCGCCGCCGCCGGUGUGGGGGCGGGGACGCAGGGCCAGGCGGUGGAUGGCGCGGGGCAGACGUCGUUCGGGUUCGGCGCCCAGCCGCUGGUGGACAACAGCCCGUACGACAGUGGUGCAUGGAAGGGCGGGUGCAGCCUCGCUGCGAUCGGAGUCAGCCUCCUGCUCAACGUCGCCAUUGCCGCCAUGGGCCUGGGCCACUGA